UUUCUUUCAUCCUGCUUGAACUUGUUCGUUUCACAACCCCCAACUCUUCCUCAACAACGACAGAGCCUACCCUGCUAUGAGCCUCCGGGAGAGAGAAAGGGAGGGAGUGGAGUCCGUAGAGAAUGAAACCGCUUGCGUUUGCCAAGCACGCAUCUAUGGCAUUUUCCCGUUGUCUUCGCCCGGUGCUGUCGGCAACGAUUCGAUCUUCUUCUUCUUCUGAUGCUGUGAAAUGGGAUGGUGGGGUUUCCAUGGUGCAGGGCGCCUCCAGGGGAAUCGGGCUUGAAUUCGUAGAGCAGCUGCUGCAAAAAAGUGAAAAAGGGCAUGUCAUUGCUACAUGUCGCAAACCUAACGAGGCAUCAGGGCUUCUUUCGCUCAAAAAUAUGUUUGCUGAACGCCUUAGCAUUCUGCCGCUGGACGUGACCAAUGAAAGUACCAUAGAGGCAUCUGCAAAGUCCAUAAGAGAUAGAUAUGGCUCCUUGAACCUUCUGGUUAAUGCAUCUGGAAUACUUUCAAUACCUGAUGUGCUCCAACCAGAAACGACACUCCUCAAAGUAGAGAAGUCAUCGUUGCUGAGCACGUAUGAGGUCAAUGCUGUGGGCCCUAUCCUUGUCAUCAAGCACAUGUGGCCCCUUCUAAAGGCUGGUGGAGGCACUGGUACUGAUAGAGAUGUUGCUGUUGUGGCCAAUAUCAGUGCCCGGGUGGGUUCAAUUGGGGACAAUCGCCUUGGUGGGUGGCACUCUUAUCGAUCCUCCAAAGCCGCAUUGAAUCAGCUGACAAAAACAGUAUCAGUAGAGUUUGCACGUAAGAAGGAUCCGGUUAUCUGCAUUUUGCUGCACCCUGGCACAGUGGACACAGAUCUCUCGAAGCCCUUUCAGAGAAAUGUUCCUGAAGGCAAGCUUUUCACCAAGGAGUAUUCGGUGCCGAAGCUCUUGGGAAUUAUCGACCACGCAACGAUUCAAGACAAUGGCAAGUUUUUCGCCUGGGAUGGUCAAGAAAUCCCAUGGAAACCUGGGUCGCCGCCCGCCUGCGGGCAAGUGUGUUAUUAUCGAAACAGCAGCUCAAUUCGUGUUCACUCAGGUUUCUUCUUCAUUGAUUCUGCAGUCCUUACAGCUGUUGUUGCCUCGAUCGGAAGGUGUUGCAAAAAAGCUUCUCAAAGAACCGAUAAAGAGACAUGAGAAAUAUGGAGUCAAUAUUUUCUCUGAACUUCUUGGAUUUGAUCGAGCCAACAUGUUUAUCUUCCCCGUUCUUGUUCUUCUUCUUCUAUCCACCCCUCAGUUAUUCUCUCUCGAGUUUGACAGUUCGAAAUCUAUAAUGGUCGGAUUUUUGAAGAAGAAUGCUUGUGACGAACUGGCCACGGUUCUUGGAUGCGUCGCUCUUAUGAGGUAGUGGAAGGGUGGUUCCGGACUUCUGUGAGAUAGAUUUUAGUUUACGGUUUCAGCUUAAGUACCUUUAAUCGUUUUCUUAUUUCCAAAAGGGCCGUGUUUUUUCCAUUCCUAAUUUGGUUAGAAUAGUCCUCAACAAAGUAUUAUGACCAUUUCACCCA